CGUGAGAUGACUCGCCUACGCCGUGAACCAAUAGUAGCUAAACAACCAAAAUGGUCUGCUGCUGACCUGCUGUCUCUCUAAACCCUAAUGAUUUCCAUACAGCUCCUUUUUAUUCCUUCUUUCCUCCAUAGUCGUCCUUGCAGAUUUCUGUAAACCCUAGAGGAAUUCUGUCACCACUUCCUUCACAAUCCUUCUACGAUUUCCAAAAUCGUUAUCCUUCUGAUUCAAAAGACACUGACAUGGAUCUUCCAAGUCUAGCUGUUGUUCUACAAGCAGCACUUAGUCCCAAUCCUGCUGAAAGAAAAGCCGCUGAAGAGAGCCUCAAUAAGUAUCAGUAUACUCCUCAGCAUUUGGUGAGGCUGCUGCAGAUAAUAGUAGAUGGAACUUGUGAUUUGGCAGUGAGGCAGGUUGCAAGCAUUCAUUUUAAGAACUUCAUAGCAGAAAACUGGUCACCUCAUGAUCCAGAUGAACAAUCCAAGAUUUUGCCAAGUGAUAAGGAUUUGGUGAGGCAGAACAUCCUUGUUUUUGUAGAACAAGUCCCUACAUUGUUGAGGGCACAGUUGGGAGAGUGUCUCAAGACAAUCAUACAUGCUGAUUAUCCUGAACAAUGGCCAGGUCUUUUGCAUUGGGUGACACUUAAUUUGCAAGGGCAGCAAGUUUUUGGAGCUCUAUUUGUGCUAAGAAUUCUUUCUAGAAAAUACGAGUUCAAGUCAGAUGAAGAGAGGACACCUGUUCAUCAUGUCGUUGAGGAGACAUUUCCUCAUCUGCUCAAUAUCUUUAGCAGGCUUGUACAGAUAGGAAAUCCAUCAAUAGAAGUAGCAGAUUUGAUUAAGCUCAUUUGCAAAAUAUAUUGGUCUUCCAUUUAUCUGGAGAUUCCAAAGAAAUUGUUUGAUCCAAAUGUGUUCAAUGCUUGGAUGAUUCUUUUCUUGAAUAUAUUGGAGAGACCUGUUCCAUUAGAGGGUCAACCUGCUGAUCCAGACCUUCGUAAGUCAUGGGGAUGGUGGAAGGUAAAGAAGUGGACUGUUCAUAUAUUAAAUCGCCUCUAUACUCGGUUUGGGGAUUUGAAAUUGCAAAACCCAGAAAACAAAGCUUUUGCACAACACUUUCAGAAAAACUAUGCUGGGAAAAUAUUGGAAUGUCAUUUGAACUUGUUGAAUGCAGUUCGUGUUGGUGCUUAUUUACCUGAUAGAGUUACCAAUCUUAUCUUGCAAUAUUUGAGCAAUAGUAUUUCCAAGGCUGCUACAUACAAUCUGCUCCAAGCAAGACUUGAUGUGGUUCUUUUUGAGAUAAUCUUUCCACUUAUGUGCUUCAAUGACAAUGAUCAAAAACUCUGGGAAGAAGAUCCACAUGAGUAUGUCAGAAAGGGUUAUGAUAUCAUUGAAGAUCUAUACAGUCCCAGGACUGCAGCAAUGGACUUUGUGAGCGAGUUAGUUAGAAAACGUGGAAAAGAAAACCUUCAAAAAUUUAUAUUAUUCAUUGUGGAGAUUUUUAAAAGAUAUGAAGAGGCACCAGUUGAGAUUAAGCCUUAUAGACAAAAAGAUGGUGCACUUCUUGCUAUUGGAACACUCUGUGAUAAAUUAAAACAAACUGAACCUUAUAAAUCUGAGCUCGAACACAUGUUAGUUCAACAUGUUUUCCCUGAGUUCAGUAGUCCAGUGGGCCAUAUUAGAGCAAAGGCUGCAUGGGUUGCUGGACAAUAUGCCCAUAUUAAUUUCUCAGACCCGAAUAAUUUCCGCAAAGCACUACAAAGUGUUGUUGCUGGGAUGCGGGACCCAGAGCUUCCAGUUCGAGUUGAUUCUGUUUUUGCUUUGCGUUCUUUUGUUGAAGCCUGCAAAGAUCUUGGUGAAAUCCGGCCAAUUCUUCCACAGCUACUUGAUGAGUUUUUUAAGCUUAUGAAUGAAGUUGAAAACGAGGAUCUGGUGUUUACCCUGGAGACUAUUGUUGACAAGUUUGGUGAAGAAAUGGCACCUUAUGCUGUUGGCUUAUGCCAGAACCUUGCUGCUGCAUUUUGGAAAUGUAUGAACACAGCUGAAGCAGAUGAUGAAGCUGAUGAUCCAGGUGCAUUAGCAGCCGUUGGAUGUCUUCGUGCAAUCAGCACCAUUCUUGAAUCAGUCAGCAGACUCCCUCAUCUCUUUGCUCAUGUUGAGCCAACUCUUCUUCCUAUCAUGCGUCGCAUGCUCACAACUGAUGGACAAGAGGUUUUCGAAGAAGUUUUGGAAAUCGUAUCCUACAUGACCUUUUUCUCACCAACAAUCUCAAUGGAUAUGUGGAGUCUUUGGCCUUUACUAAUGGAAGCUCUUGCUGAAUGGGCUAUUGACUUUUUCCCAAAUAUUCUUGUUCCCUUGGAUAACUACAUAUCCAGAAGUACAGUCCACUAUCUCACAUGCAAGGACCCAGACUACCAACAAAGUUUGUGGGUUAUGCUUUCCAACGUAAUGAAUGACAAAAACUUGGAAGACAAUGACAUUGAACCUGCCCCUAAGCUUAUAGCUGUAGUGCUACAGAACUGCAGGGGACAGGUGGACCAUUGGGUUCAGCCUUAUAUUAAUAUCACAGUUGAACGCUUGCGAAGAGCUGAAAGACCUUACUUGAAAUGCCUUCUCAUGCAAGUUAUUGCUGAUGCUUUAUAUUACAAUCCAUGUUUAACACUCAAUAUAUUGCAUAAGCUUGGUGCUACUGAAAUCUUUAACCUUUGGUUUCAAAUGUUACAACAAACUAAAAAGAACGGUGUCCGGGUUAAUUUCAAAAGGGAAAAUGAUAAGAAAAUUUGCUGUUUGGGGUUGACAUCUAUGCUUUCACUUCCUUCCGAUCAGUUGCCAGGAGAAGCCUUGGAACGUGUUUUUAAGGCAACACUUGAUCUCCUUGUUGCAUACAAAGAUCAACUUGCAGAAGCAGAGAAGGAAGAGGCUGAGGAGGAUGACGAUGACAUGAACGAUGGUUUACAAAGUGAUGACGAGGCAGAUGGGUCCGACAGAGAGAUGGGAUUCGAUGACGAGGAUGGUGACGAGGCAGAUAGUUUAAGACUUCAAAAACUAGCUGCACAGGCCAAGGCAUUCCGGUCAACCGAUGACUACGAUGACGACUCAGAUGAUGACUUCAGCGAUGAUGAGGACCUACAGUCGCCUAUUGAUGACGUGGACCCCUUUGUUUACUUUGUGGAUACCAUGAAAGUUUUGCAAGUAUCAGAUCCAACGAGGUUUCAGAACUUGUCACAGACGCUUGACUUCCAUUAUCAAGCACUGGCAAAUGGAGUUGCUCAGCAUGCUGAUCAGAGAAGAAUAGCGAUUGAGAAGGAAAAGCUUGAGAAGGCCACGUCAGCAGCAGCAUCAGCCUCAUGAUGUGUUUGUGUUAUAUAAUAUAAUAUAUAUUGGUGUUGAAAUUUUGGUGUUUGGAACUGGCGGUCAAUGGUGGUGAGUGGCGGUCAAUGGUGAGUACUCAAAAAGAGUAAAUUUUUUUUUUUUUUUUUUUUUUUGAUGAGGUGGUGUGUUUGUAGUAGAGGUGAUGAUGGAUUAAUUACCUCCUAUGGAUAUGGAUGUAUAUCUUGGUUUUACGUUAUUGAAUGGUGUU